CCCAAAGGUCGCGCAGUAUCGCAGCUCGCCACGGGCUCAGAGAUCACUAGUGCGCCGUGAUCGCGCUAGGAACAACGUAGUUCUUAUCCAAAAUGAAAAUCGUGCUAAUUUUAUUGGUUUGUUUGGCGGCAAGUCGGGCCGACGACUUGGGGCAAGCCGCGGGCCAGAUCUUCAACAGUAUCUUGCCCAAUUUGAUCGGCAACUCUAUAACUGGUCAACAAGGAAACACUGCUACCAACACUCUUCAGCAGAUAGGAACUGUAGUGGGCGGUGUCGUCGACUAUGCCAAGAAGAAGAGCUACGAGGAUAUGCUGCGUCAGGUGCAGGAUUCGACCACAGAUGAAGAUAUCCUGAGAGUCAGCGAGGAAAUGUUCAAUGCGGAUAUCAACAACGCUUUGCCAUACAUCCAAGUGAAUUUGCAAGGCCAGACCAGCGCUCUGUCGAAGGACGACAAGGCGCCUUCAAACCUCCUGAGCGUGCCUGAGAACGUGUGGAACGGACCAACCAUCAGGCCUUUUGUUGCUCUCUUCGACAACUACCACAAAAACGUGAUUAGACCAGAAUUCGUCACACCUAAUGAGGAAACGGAACAAGUCACUUUUAUAAACACAAUCCUUGCGACCGGGCCAGUAAGGAGUCUAAUGAACUUUUUGGUCAGCAAAGGUCUGACUCAGAUGAACGAAUACAAUGAGCAAGUGCAAUUGCUGAAGAAAAUCUGGUUCACAAAAUACGCGCGCCAUUGGACCGGCCUGUGCAAGUGCAGCUGUGCUUUCGAGAACAUUUUCAUGGCCGAACUUAAGUCCAACGAUGUACUUGGUCUGCACAGUUGGCUUUUCUUCGCAAAGCGUGAACAAGACCGCAAAGCCAAUUAUUUGGGCUACAUAGACAAAUUGGACCUAUCCGGGAAAGGAAUGAUUCUGAAGCAGCACUCCGUCUUGAGUGAGACUAAAGACGCCCCGGAGGUGACGAUGUUCGUCGGCACUUCGCCGGAGUUGGAGCUGUCCCUGUAUACUCUAUGCUUCAUGGCUCGCCCCGACCGGCCCUGUAGGCUGCGCUACAACAACAUCAACUUCUCCAUACAAACCAAGACCUUGAAAUCAGAAAAUGUGAUGCUUAUCGACACCGCAUACCCCAUCUACUAAAUUAAUAAACCAUAUAUUUCAAUGCCUCAGCAUAUACUCCAUACGUGAUAUUUAUAUACUUACCUAAAUUGUAAAACCUAGAGCUUUCUCAUAUUUACUUCAAUAGAUAUAAAUAAAUGUUCCCAAAACAGGAGCUUGCUAUGUACUAAAACAUAGAUAAUGCCAGAACCGAGCAAGUUAUCAGUCUGAUCCGCAGGUCGUGGCCUCACGAUAAGCAAGUAAUUAAACACGAAUUUCGCAAUAACUUAUUUCAAGUAUUGAUAAUGAUAAAAUAAUAAAACAAUUUUAAUGUAAACAUCUUUUUAUUGCAACAUUUCUCUAAAACACAGACUAAGUAUAGGACAAAAUCCACAUAGAUACUGAUGUUAUGUAAAAUACUUGAUGUUGUAUGACGAUACGGUUACAAGAAGUGCAAUCCAUGAAAUUAUUGUCUAAAAUGGCACAAAGUAUUCUGACACCAGCUAGUCUUCGGUACAAUAAUUCGUAACACUAUAAUUACAAAGGUAGGUUAGUGAGUUGAACAAGAUACUGCGUCACAAGAACACCUACUAUACGGCAAGGAACAAUAAUAACGUUUUCAACGCAUAAAUAUAAAUAUCCAAACGAAACAAAAGAAAAAUAUUAAC